AUGCACAAGUACCGACGCGCGACUGACGCGGUCGUCCUCGCCCUCCUCGCCGCCGCGCUCGUCUGCACCGGCGCGCACGCGGCUGAGACACCCGACCCGCCCUGUCUGGAGAUAAGCACCGAGGGUAUCGAGCAACUCAGGGAGCCCUGCAUGGACCCCGCGCUCGCUUGCGCGGACGAGGGGUGCCUCGGCGCCAUGGUCGAGUGGCUCGCGCCGCAGUUUGAAGCCGCCGACGUCGAUACCUCGCUCUACCAGGACGUGAGCCCGGAGUGGAUGGUUCAGUGCUUCGCGCCCAACUUGUCCGCGUACAUGGAGACGAUCCCAGUCGCAACCUUUAUGUCCCUGCGCGAGUGCGACUACGCCCCGUACGUCGAGCGGUGGCCCGAGCUCGCAACCUUCGACUUCUCCGCCGUGUCAACCUCCGACUUCAUGCGCGCCAUGCCCCCGGGUAUGCUGAUGGAGAUCCUGUCCAACCAGCGGAGGCAGAACCGAGGGUGGUGA